AGACGAAACAUUCGCUCAUGGCGACAGAGUUGCUAGCCACGUGGGGAAAGUUCUGCGGGCGCAUCGGCGUGCUAAGGCAUCUGUAAGAGCCCAAAGUCACACGGAGAUACCUCGCCUGUCGUCGUCGUUGCGGCCCAGCGUGAUCCUUUCCUUCCUGUGUUGAUUGCGACAUGUGGAGCUGAUAGCAGAACCAGAGUGUGGACUUUUCUAAUGGCUUUACACAAACUUAUUAACCGUAGCCAACAUCAAGAUACUGGCAGUUUAAACGGACGUGGUGUACAGCUCAUGCCGCGGCCACUGGUUGACAACCUUUGGAGCGGGCCCGCGAGGCCAGUCCAUGGCCGGUCUGGGGCCGAGGGCGGCUGCUGUCACGCUUCCGGCAGCCGCGGCUCUCGCUCUUCUGCUCUCCUUCUUCCUGCUCAAGAGACGCCGCUCCCGGUCUUCUAACUCUGAGUGCCGCUCCCUCUCUGAAACCACAGCGUGCCUCCUUGGUAGCGACGACCAGGAGGACGACGACGAGGAGCAGGACGACGUCGCCGGUCGCCACAGUCCCCUUGCGAUCAGCAGCAGAAGCGACCAGGUGCUGAGGUCUCCGCCGGAACCUCCCAGUCCCCCGCCCGUCGCCGAGUCGCCCCCCGACAUGCGACUCCGGGACGGCAGCAAAGUGGGUGACGCGAAGCUCAAGGGCCCCCGUUGUGCUCCCGCGAUGGCCGCGACGACGACAAAGACUGGCGGUGGCUCGACGAAACCGCCGUGCUCGAACAGCGGCAGCAAGGCGUCCGGAUGCAAUGCCGCGGCAUCCCAGCCAGCGCGGCGGCAGCAACAGCAGAACAGCGUCGAUGUGGUUGUCUCCGCCGCAUCGACGGCGACAGUGCGCGAGCAGCCGAGUUCGCCCCCGUGUGCAGUGCUGACCGUGGAAAUCCCCGAGCAGCAGACGGCGGUCCAGAGGCCGGAGCACGGGUCGGCGGUGGUUGGUCGGGACGCGUUGUGUGGGGCUAGUCCCAGCGGGUCGGUGGACUCGCUGCUCGGCCAGUCGUCGCCGUCGCCGCCGAGCUCGACAGUGUCGCCGGUGCGCCGCGAGAGCGGCUCGGAGCCCAACUCGUCGCUCGCUCAGGACGUGGCCGCGCUGUCGCUGGCCGAGCAGCCCGCGGAUGGCGCCGCGAACUCGACGACGCAGAGGGAGGUGGCGGCCGACGUGAUCGCGAGCGCAGUUGCGACGACGACGACGACCGCGGCGCCGUCCGCGCCGCCUGCUGAGCCUGCAACGCGGCAGGACGACGACGGCGCGUCCUCGCCCGGCGCCGUGCAAAACGAGGAGUCUGUAUCCGAAGACAAGAGCCAAGCACAAGCACUGUCCUUCUCCGACGCACACAGUGAGGGCUCCAGUGACAGUGGCAAAGGCGGCAGUGAUAUCCAUGGUGGCAGUGAAGCGGCUGGUGGUGCUGGGAACCUCUCUCCUGAGGAGGAGCUGUCACGCACGUACGAGUUUGAGCUGCCGAGGGAACUGUGCGGUCGAUUUAUCGGCCAGGGUGGGCGUAACGUGACAGCCAUCAAGUCUCGCUCCAACACCCGCAUAUAUGUGCAGCAACAUCCCUUCUCCUCCAAGCUGAAGAUUUGCUCUAUUCAAGGCACGACAGAGGAGAUCCGCACAGCGCUCGAGCUCAUAAGGAAAAAGUUCCCCCCGCAUGCGUAUCCGAACUUGACGCUGGUCCAGGUGAAUGCUGAGCCCAUGCACUACCCAGGCACAAUCACGCUGCCAGAGACUUUACAGCUGCGCUUGCCAGAUGCUGUGACCUGUGAUGUGGUGCUGACGAGCCUGGUGACAGCGGGCCAUUUCUUCCUCCAGCAGCCAACACACCCGACGUAUCCGUCGCUAGCACGGCUAGACCAGUGUAUGCUAGCGUGCUAUGGCCAGGGCCUGGACACUCCGCCUCUUCCCCAUCCAGUCGAAGCGGGCAUAAUCUGCGCAGCCCAGGUGUGCGGCGGCUGGUUCCGUGCGCUGGUAGUGGGGCCCUCGGACGAGAACGAAGAGUGUGACAUCAAGUUCCUUGACUACGGUGGCUACAUGACCCUGUCAACGUCACUGCUGCGCCAGAUCAGGAGUGACUUCAUGAUGCUGCCCUUCCAGGCAUCCGAGUGCUACCUCGCCAAUGUGCAACCAGUUGAAGAUGACAACGUGUGGUCAGCUGAGGCAUGCGCCACGUUUGAAGACCUGGCACAGGGCCAGAUCCUGCAGGCACUAAUUGUGGGCUACGCCGACAACGGUAUUCCCCUUGUGCACCUGUACCGUGUCCAGGGCGUCUCAAGUGUGUUCAUCAACCGGGAGCUGGUCAACCGCGGUGUGGCCCGGUGGCUGGAACAUCCCCUCUGACCGCACACUGUCCGGGCCCCGGAACUUGCUGCUUGCUACCAGCAGCACCAUUGCCGGGGGCUCCGCGGACCAUGGGGGGCUGCUUGCUCAUUGCCAUCACUGCCUCGGGCGCAGUAUCGAACCACACGUGGUCAGUCGUGCCACUUGGCGUGCCACCACGCUAGUGGCCACACGCCAGACAUCAAACUGCACGAGGCGUCAGUCAAUGCAGUGUCACCUUCACCCCUGCACUACGAAUCGGCCUUCAUUAAGCAUCACCAGUCAUCCGACACAGUGUCUCAUUGGUCACCACUGCAUUUCGCAACAGCUCGCGCCACACAGUCGUGCUACGCAGUGCGCCACGAGGCGCACGGCUGUGGCCAACGCAGUGGGCCCCGCCCCUCCUCUAAACAACAGAUCGCCACGGUGCUCAACUCUUCACAUCGUGGACACUGCAACUCUCGGCCUGCAAGUACUAGUAAUCAUCGAAACCAGUCGGUUUGUAGGCAGUUGUGCCCGCCACCCUUCCACGGGGGGCCACCCAGCAGUCAGCGUGGUGUGCACGGUAGACUCGAUCCUCCCCACAGAAUGGGUUCCGGGAACCCCGCAAACGACAUGCAGAGUCAGAAUUUAGCCUCACAUAAGUCGUCGAGCAUACCCAGAGUCAGGCAGCCAGGGACUUCCAAUUCUUCAGCCUAUUCUACACCACGGUUGUACACUCACCGGCCAUUUUUUCUGACAGACCAGCCAAACUUUGGGAGUUACGGCAGUCAGCAGCUCUCCUGCCCUGUGCCUGCUGCAAGGUCUAGGCUUCUUCUACCACCAUCGGGGCGUACAUGGCUCUGACCUUGUGCGCUGGCCAGUUUCAAUUCCUUCUGUGAAGUGGAAUGUAAAGGCUGUGAAGCCCCGCUCCAAUGCAUGUCACCAGCCCAUUCUUGGGGAAAAUGCUCACAGUGGCCCUAUAGCCUUGCUCCAGGGUUGGUGUUUGUUUCUUUGUUUAUUCUUUUUUCCAGUUAGCUGCAGGCACGCUGUGGAAGCGGCAAGUCCUUGCAAUGGGUAGGGGUGGCCAUGGCUCCUGUCUUCUUAUGUUUAGGUGGAAGCACAGCUCUUGCUCUCAACCGCAUCUCAGGCAGCGUGCGUGGCCCAGGCAGGGCGGCACAGAGGCAGCAGAAGAGCAGGUCCUCCACUCUCUGGGCCCCAAUUAUGCAUACCAUUUCGUUUCACUGUAAAUACUAUUACCGCGGGGAUCAAGCCCAGGCUGGGAAAAUGCACACCGAUCGACCAGUUAGUGUGUAGUGUCUGCUGCUUUAGCGCACCAGUUGCAAUUUUUAUGCCACAGCAUCUUGAGCGGAGAUGGCAGGUUUUUGCUUUUCUUCCGGGGAAGUUAUGUGGGAUCAGUCACAUUGUUGCCUGUACAUAGAGUUCUGCGUGUGUGUGCGAAUGUCCAGAACAAGCUCUGUCCUCACUCCUUCCAUGUCUCCCUUCCCCAUUCUCUUCGUCUCUCCUUUGUACGUGUAAACCGACUGUUGGCCUACAUGGAUUUUGUUUUGCAAAGUGCUGCAGCCAAUGCAUCAAUGGAACCUGCUUUGACAGAUUGUGCAGUUAUUUAAAAGUUUAAGAAGUUGGAUAAUUAAUAAAGAGUUGUUUUCUCGUU